UUUACUCCCUCUGGGACUUUUGAGAGUCCUUAUCCUUUGAAUUAUCCAGAGAGAGCAGAUUGUUUGUGGGAAAUACAAGUAGCAAAUAAUUUUCGCAUUAUGCUCACAUUUGAAAGUGUUCAGUUGCUGGGUGGAUGCCUGUAUGACUAUAUUGAGAUCUAUGAUGGGCCACCCAAUACUUCACCUCUACUUGGAAGAAUUUGUUCUACUUCCAAGCUCACAUACAGGUCAUCCUCAAACUUCAUGACUGUCAAGUUUUACAGUGACUCCAAAUAUUCCAAUGGAAGGUUUCGGGCUCAGUAUCAGUCCUUUCUGGCAGACCAGAAUGCCACCCUUGCGUGCUACCCAACCUCCAUGCGCGCAGUUGUGGACAGACACUAUCUCCAGUCACAGGGCUACUCAGUGAGGAGCAUCAGCUUGCCUGACUCCAACUGUAGGCCAACAAUCACAUCAACGAUGGUUAUAUUCAACAUUCCAUACAACGGCUGUGCCACGCAGAGACAGGGCGACAGCGAAACCAUCACCUACUCCAACGUGAUAAAAGUGUCUGCUCCUGGUUACACCGUCAAAAGGCAGAAGGACCUUCACCUCCAUGUCAGCUGCAAAAUGAUCCAGAACACCUGGGUGCAAGUAGUGUACACGGCCAAUGACAUCGCUGAUGUCAAUGAAACCCAGUAUGGCAGAUACGACGUGAACCUGGCAUUCUACAAUUCCUCAUCUUUCCUGUGGCCGGUGCAGAACUUCCCAUACUACGUUGACCCGAAUCAGAAUUUGUUCCUCCAAGCAUCUCUUCACAGCUCUGACCAAAAUCUGAUAGUGUUUGUGGACACCUGCGUGGCAUCACCGGAUCCCAGUGAUUUUAGAACAUUGACCUAUGAAUUGAUCAAAAGGGGGUGUGUUAAGGACCAUACCUACUCUCUGCACUCCUCACCGCGCGGCAGCGUCGCUCGGUUUUCGUUUAACGCUUUCUCCUUUGCUAAGCAAUACCCGUCAGUUUACCUGCAGUGCGAGCUGGUGGUGUGCAGGCAGAGAGACUACUCCUCCCGCUGCUAUCAGGGCUGUGUGAGCAGGCUCAAGAGGAAUUCAGGUUCUUCCCAGGAACGAGUGAAUGUUGUUGUUGGACCUGUGCAGCUUCGGGAAGCUCACGCUGAGAACAGGAACACUGCGCCCUCUAUCCAGCUGGUGAACGGAAGGCACCGAUGUGAAGGUCGCGUUGAGAUCCACUACAGAGGAGAGUCGGGGACAGUUUGUGAUGAUUUUUGGGACCUUGCCGAUGCCGAGGUUGUGUGCAGGCAGCUGGGAUGUGGCCGGGCCAUUGCAGCUAUGGGAAGUGCAUACUUUGGGCAAGGCUCUGGCAGCAUCCUGCUGGACAACGUGAGGUGCAAUGGGAAUGAGAGGUCCCUGUUGCGUUGCAAUCACUCGGGAUGGAGGAUACACAACUGUGCCCACUACGAAGAUGCUGGUGUUGUCUGUUCAGAAGAGGCUGAUGCAGCACCAACAACCACCGUGGCACCAGCAACAGCAGCACUGGAGGCAGCAUUCGAGUUGCCUCUAGUUGUUGAAACUACAACAUUCCCAGAAACAACGGCAUCUCUAACGGAGACAACAACCUCAGCAUCAACAGCCCUCUCAGAGAUGACGACAUCCCGAGGGGAGACAACCAUGUCAGCAUUAAUAGCCAGCACAAUGGAGACACCGUCAUCAGGGCCACCAACCAGCAUGGUGCCAUUGACCACCAGUGCAGAGCUGUCGUUCUCAGAGAUGACCACCACAGUGCCAAUGACAACCCUAGAGACGACAACCCUAGAGACAUCAACCCUAGAGACAUCAAUCACCAAACCACUAACAACCCCCCUAGAAGACAUGUCCCCUUCACCAGAGAUGACCACCACAGUGACAUGGAGCUCCUCACCACCGAUGUUCACCCAGCUUGAUACAACCACCACAGCAACAUUGGCCACCAAAGCUGAGGAGAGCAGAGCAGAGACGUCCAGUGCACCAGAGACAACCACCACAGCCCUACCAACCACCACAGCCCUACCAACCAGUACAGCCCCACCAACCAGCACAGCCCUCCCACCUUCCACAGCCCUACCACCCUCCACAGCAGAGGUAUCCACCUCAACAGAGGUGAUCACCACAGUGAGAACAGCUACCACAACAGAGGAGAGCACAGCAGGUGCCAGGCUAACCUUUCUCAUGACUCCUGUGGCCACCACACCAUCUCCAUCAGCACCUUCUUUCUGUGGCGGCUCAAUCUCAGAUUCCUCUGGGGUGCUGCAGAGUCCCCACUACCCUGGAAGUUAUCCAAACAACGCUGACUGCGAGUGGCAAAUCCAAGUCGAGAGCAAUUUCCGUGUUACCCUCACAUUUAGAGAUAUUGCGAUGCAAAGCAGCUCAUGCCAGGAUGACUACAUUGAAGUCUAUGAUGGGCCUCGACACUCUUCCCCACUUCUUGGGAGACUUUGCUCUGGUUCCUUCCCCACAUACGUGUCCUCUUCGAACAUGAUGACCGUUCGCUUUCACAGUGACUCUAGAUACUCCUUCAGAGGCUUUCAGGCUCACUACUCCUCCAUCCCAGCAGAUCACAACACCACCCUUCUGUGCCUGCCAGACUACAUGCACGCAGUGGUGAGCAGGGACUAUCUCCAGUCCCAAGGCUACUCAGCCCAGAUGGUCACCCUGAACGACAAUCGCUGCAGACCAACCAUCACCCCACAGGAGGUUGUGUUCAACAUUCCCUACGACGGCUGCGGGACGACACGAGAGGAGAACAACGACACAAUCAACUAUUCCAACACAAUCAAAGUUGCAUCUUCUGGGUACAUAAUUAAGAGGAAAAAGAACAUCAACUUGCAUAUCAGUUGCAAAAUGCUGCAGAAGACAUGGAUGCAAGUGAUGUACACUGCUGAGGACACUGUGGAUGUGAAUGAAUAUCAGUUUGGAAGAUAUGACAUGAACAUCACCUUUUAUGAUUCCUCGGCGUUCUCGCGGCAAGUGCGCGACUCCCCGUACUUCAUUGACUUGAACCAGAAUUUGUACCUUCAAGCUUGUCUUCACAGCUCAGACCCAAACCUGAAGGUGUUUGUGGACACGUGUGUGGCAUCGCCUGAUCCUCGUGACUUUCACACUCUGGCCUAUGACAUAGUCAGGGACGGGUGUCCCAGAGAUUCUUCCUAUGCCACGUUCUACUCCCCUUCCAGCCACUUUGCUCGGUUCAAAUUCAAUGCCUUUGAGUUCAUCAGCCGCCACCCCUCGGUGUACCUCAAGUGUGAGCUGAUGGUCUGUAGGCUUGGGGACUAUUCCUCCCACUGCUACCGGGGCUGCACCAGGAGGUCCAAGAGAGACACGAGUUCUGUCGAGGAAAAAGUGGACGUGGUCGUUGGGCCAAUUCGACUCCGAGAAGGGGCUGCUCAGAGUGGGAGUAUUACUAAAGCCAAAUAAAUUUCUCUCACGUUUGCUGUAAGGUGACUUCAGGCUCCAGGAAAAGCCAUAGCUCUGCAUUUCUGACACCUGUCACUGCAAUCUGCUUUUGCCCAACUUCUCCGUAAAAAGGAAGCUAUCAGCUCCUUGCAAACCCACUAUUUUUACCUGCAUAUUUAAAAUGUAUAACUGCUUUGGCUGCCCAAAAGGGGAGAUUGCCUAUAACCCAUUUUAGUGCUAUGACUCCUUGAAUUGAAUUAGUUCCAAUCUGCUUGUGUAAUGGCACCUGGGGACAUGGUUUAGUGGUGGACUUGUCUGUGCUAGUUUAAUGGUUGG